AUGAAGUUCACGUUCUGGGACUUUUUCCGAAGCCAGUUCUGGGAAACCGUCCCGCCCGCCCCCAAGGUCGACCUCACUGGCCAAACGGUCCUCGUUACUGGUGCCAAUGUUGGCCUUGGGUACGAAGCCGUGAAGCACUUUUGCCGGAUGAACCCAGGCAAGGUCAUCAUCGCUUGCCGUAGCAGGGAAAAGGGUGAAGAGGCUAUCAAGAAGAUCAAAGAAGAGACUGGGUUCAAGAAUUUGUACCUUCGUAUCCUUGACCUGUCGAAGUACUCGUCGGUCCUCGAGUUUGCGGACAAGUUCCAGGCGGAGGAAGAAAGGCUUGAUAUUUUAGUCGCCAAUGCUGCCAUUGCGACUGAUCAUUACAAGACUACCGAGGACGGAUGGGAGGAGACGCUACAAGUGAACGCGUUGUCGACGCUCCUUUCCUCCGUUCUCCUCGUCCCGGUUAUGUUGAAGACUGCGGAGAAGUAUGGGACACAGCCGAGGAUUACUAUCGUUUCCAGCGGGAUGCAUUACUGGACAAAGUUUGAGAAGAAGGUUGUUGAUAGUGAUGACCCUCUCAAGGUGCUGAGUAGUAGAGAGUACUGCACCAAGUCUGUAAUGGGUCGUCGCUACGCGGAUACCAAACUCCUGAACGUCUUCAUCGGCCGUUCCCUCGCACAUGCCUUAAAGGACACCCCAAUCGUCACCAACGUCGUUUGUCCAGGGUACUGCUACUCCCAGUUGCGAAGAAACGCAAAUUUCCUCCGGCUAAUCAACUUUGUUUUGCUUGACCUACUGAUUGGGCGGACUACAGAGGAAGGCAGUCGACAACUUGUGUGGGCGGCUGUGACGAAGGAUAAGGGUGACCUGCGAGGAGCGUAUAUCAGUUCGAUGGCGGCACAGGAGACGAGUGAUUAUUCGCUGAGUGAGGAGGGGCUGAAGGCGCAGGAGAAGUUUUGGAAUGGGAUGGUGUGGGAGCUUACUAGGGUUGAUGGAAGGGUGUCUCGUAUUCUGAGGGAUUGUAGCACGUCGGGUUAG